CUGCAUCUGAUGUGAAACACUCAACGUUGUGGCUACAGUUAGCUUCAUUCAUUAUCUCAAUGCAUGUUCGUUUGCAGUAAUGAUCAUAAACAUGAUAAAUAAACAUGCUUAUGAUAAUCAUCCUCACAUGAUAUCAACUGAGUAGUCUCUGUACUCUGACCCCACUGUUUAUAACAGUUGUACAUACUGACUCUGUAUAAUCAUGUUGGACUGUCUUUAUAGCUCCUUCACUACUGUCAAGGCUUAUCUCAGGGACUUCUGUUUGUUAGAGUCUGGGCACGCAUGGUCUCUAUAGUACACCCAUUGGCUCCAGAUCUGGGCAGUCACUGCUCUGCCAACUGUUGAGAUAGAGAGACUCUGUCAAAACAGCCUCCCACACCUACAUACCUGUCUCUCAUAGACCACUACCCACACGUGAAUGCACAUGGUCUGUGAUCACCACACUCACUUCCUGUUUCUUCCCCACAGUCUGGCCACACCCACUUACAAAUUGAGAACACCACCACCAGCUAUGGCAGAGGACAGCCUACUUUAUGAUGUAAUCCCUCACCACACGGCCUCUCCUCGGAGGGCGCGAACCCUAAACCGACCCCCGGGGUACAGGGGGACCAGCAAACCUCCGACUCCCCCUCCCCCUCGGUUCAUCCCUGUCCCUCCAAUUCCUCCUCGUAAUAGGAUGAGUGGAGAGGAUGAUCGUGGAAUGUCCAGCAGUUUUCCCUAUUCCUCUGCCUCUUUCAAUGAGCGUCUGGGACCCAGGACAAAAUCCACCAGCUCUACUAAUGCCCAGCACAUCCUCUCCAAGUCCCCCAGUGUGGCAUCUGUAAACUCCACCCACUCCACAGUCGAGGAACUCCUUCUUAACGAGUUACUUAUCAAAUACUCCAAAAACCUACCACUGAAGGUCCGAGUGAGCAAAGGUUUCCUUGGCGUAUCCGAGGAAACAGCAAUCAACACUGACGACAUCCUGAAACUCCACUUCAUGAAGCACAGUAAGGUGGUAGUCAUGGAGACGGGGGAGAGGGUUAGCCUGAGUGUGCCGCUGAGCUCUUACCUCAAGUUCUCCAUUCUCUAUGACCCCAACAACAACUUACAGGAGGCCAUGAAGGGAUUCAAGUUUGAGACGGUGGGAGACCUGCUGGCAAUAAAGGGGACACUCCCUCGUAUCAUCAGAGCCACUAGAUCCUUCUCCACUCCCUCCCCCGAUGCCUGCGUGGCACAGGACGAACUACUCAUACUCAAACAGACCAGGAAGUCAGGCAAGCAGCUGAAGGUGUACAGUCUCACGACUGGGAAGAAGAAGACACUCUACGACAGCUGUGCUGGCCACUUCACAACUGCACCAGAGGAUAUAGGUGUAUAUCUCUCAGAUGUGACGGUACAUGCUCAGGAAUGCAUGCCCUGCAAGGCUGUUCUCUAUGUCAGAGGGAAGGAGAGCAGUGGAGUCCUGGAAGACCUGCAUGAGAAGAUGGUCACUCUCAAACACACCACCACCGAGAGCUCUGUCAUAGCAACCAGUGGUCUGUGUGAAGAGGGAGAUACUGGGGACGUGUAUGAGAUGCCAGCAGAUCUGGACAUUGAGGUGGAGGCCAUUGCUCUGGAUGAAUAUGAACAAGAGGCCCUCAGAGGAGACACCAAAGACCUCUACGAGCUGUUUGAUCCAUUCUCAGUGACCCUCUACAUCCCCAAGUCCUCCAAGAGGCUCUACGACAUCCAGUGUGAACUCUACAAGGCAGUCAACACUGAGUUGACAGGGCUAGAGAUAAUGAGGCCACACGCCAUCAGUCUCGGGACGAAAUCCUCGGCUCCUCUCCUCCGAAGUCAGAGCAACGGAACUCCUAGUCAGAGCAGCAACGGAACUCCUAGUCACUGCAGCAAUGGAGGCUACCAGGCUCUCACACACAAACACAAUCCCAAUCAUUGCACGGACUAUUACGUGGUCAUGUCACCCAACAGAGCUGCCAUUAGCGAACACGACUCUGACGUGUCUGGGGAGUCGACUACCAGCGAACAUUUCUCGAUCAUGGCUCAGCACAAUCGGGGAGUGGACGACCAGCUGGGGAGGGUCAUGGACGAGCUCCAGGGCCUGCGGGGAGAGAUGGCCAAGAUGCAGGUCUUUACGGAGCAUCUGCGCAAGUUCUGUGAGAGUCUGCAGACCCAGAUACGGAUGAUGGGGACUGGUGGAGGGGCCUCAAGUGGUGGUGGGCUGGAUUAUUCCAGAGCUCCUGCCUCUCUGCCUGGAGAAGAUAACUACAGUCUACUGGCUGGUCCAAGUCCCCAAAGACGGAGCACGUCGCCAGGGAAUGCCUGUUCAGAAGUGGCCCAACUAUCCCACACUCAGGUACAACAGCUGCUGGAGAGUAUUGGCAUGAGCCAGUAUGUGGAGAUGUUUAGUAAAGAGAGGAUUGAUGGAGAGGUGCUGGCUGACAUGGACCAUGAGAUGAUGGCUGAUCUCGGCAUCUCCACCAAGUUCCAUAGAAUGAGACUUACAAAGGUAAUCAAAGGGGAGCACUCGGCAGCCAAGCAGAUUCUGCGAGGAGAGAGUCCACAUGCCUCGGAGCAGAAACCGGAGUCAAUGUACUCCAUACCCCGCAAGCAGGAGUCGCCCACCUCCUACCCCACCUCCCUCCCCUCCUCCCUGGGCUCCGAAUGAGGCUCUCGCACACCACCACAGGCUUUAUCAUCCGAGGACAGUGAGAGAGAACAUUUGUCAGUCAUAGAGUAUGUGCCUCUCUCCUUUCUCUGUGUUCUGUCACUGGUUCCAGUGGUUAUUAGUGUGCUUUCUUUCAUGCCUCCAUUGGUUUGUUGAGGUUGUAAUUAUUUAUUAUGAUUUUGUUUUUUUGGAUGUGUUGUACAUGAAAACUGC